GUGAUUGGGGGACCCUUGUACGGCUCCCUCCUCCUUUUCAAUAUAAAACAAAAAUGGGGUUUUACAUUGAAAAGGGGGAGGGAAACGCUUCCCCUUUUUCUUCAUCUACGCUGCACAGCGCCGGCCCGCCAUAGCCUCUCUUUUUCUCCUCUCUUCACACUGCGCUGACGACUAAACUUCACCUCUCUAUCUUCUUUCUUCAACGCCGACGACGAGUACUCCUUGUACCGGAACUUCUUUCUUCAAGCCGGUACGUUUCGGCUCCUAGUCAUGUGCCAAUAAAAUUUUCGUUGUCGGAUUUGCACUCCGGUAGGGACAUGGUGAUGGCAGUGGUUGGCACCCGCGCGCCCCCCGCAAACCCGCGCCUCCCCCGCCCCGCCCAUACCCGCAUCACACGGAUUCCACUUAUAACAUGCGGUUCACGGGUCCAAUUUGGCCAACCCGCACGGGUGCGGGGCGGGGCCAAAAAGGGCGGAAAUCCUCCACGCCCCGCCCCGUGCCCACCCCUAAUCCGGACGACGGCAAUGGAAGAAGGCAACGAUGGUGUGUCCGCAGCAAGACAGCAUCUGGUCUUUGCAUACUACGUCAGCGGCCAUGGAUUCGGCCACGCCACUCGUGUCGUCGAGGUUGUCCGCCAUCUCAUUCUAGCCGGGCAUGAUGUCCACGUGGUCUCAGGUGCUCCUGACUUUGUAUUCACAUCUGAAAUACAGUCAACAAGAUUCUUCAUCCGCAAGGUUGUGUUGGACUGUGGAGCUGUUCAAGCAGAUGCUUUGACGGUUGAUCGUCUUGCCUCCUUGGAAAAGUAUUCUGAGACGGCGGUAAUAUGUCGGGCAUCAAUUUUAGCAACAGAAGUUGAGUGGCUGAACUCCAUCAAGGCUGACUUAGUGGUCUCUGAUGUUGUUCCUAUUGCAUGCCGAGCAGCUUCAGAUGCUGGAAUUCGUUCUGUAUGUGUCACUAACUUCAGUUGGGAUUUUAUCUAUACAGAAUAUGUGAUGGCUGCUGGAUAUCACCAUAGUUCAAUCCUUGGGCAGAUUGCUGAAGAUUAUUCGCAUAGUGAGUUUCUAAUCCGUCUACCGGGUUACAGCCCAAUGCCAGCAUUUCGUAAUGUUAUCGAUGUACCCCUUGUCGUAAGGAGAUUACACAAAUCUAGAGAAGAGGUGAGGAAAAAUCUUGGAGUAGGGGAUGAUGUGAAGAUAGUAAUUUUUAAUUUUGGUGGGCAGCCAGCUGGUUGGAAGUUGAAGGAGGAGUACUUACCUGCUGGUUGGUUGUGCCUGGUUUGUGGCGCUUCUGAAAAUCAGGAGAUUCCCCAUAGGUUUGUAAAGCUUGCAAAAGAUGUUUACACCCCUGACCUAAUAGCAGCUUCAGAUUGCAUGCUCGGAAAGAUUGGAUACGGCACAGUCAGUGAAGCCCUGGCAUACAAGUUGCCAUUGAUCUUCAUACGUCGAGAUCAUUUCAAUGAAGAACCAUUUUUGAGAAAGCUGCUAGAGUUCUUCCAAGGUGGUGUGGAGAUGAUUAGAAGGGAUUUGCUCAGUGGAAAUUGGACACCCUAUCUUGAACGUGCUGUUAGCUUGAAACCAUGCUACGAAGGAGGUACCAAUGGUGGCGAGCUGGCUGCUCACAUACUGCAAGAUACAGCUUACGGAAAGAAUUGUGUCAGAUAAGCAUACUGGAGCAAGGAGAUUGCAGGAUGCAAUAGUUCUUGGAUAUCAGCCAGAGAGAGUUCCUCAAAAUGAUAUUCUUGUUCCAGAUUGGUAUACUCCUGCAUACAAUGAACUUGGUCUUCAGAACUAAUUUGGAGGGUUCUUCACCAGGUGCUGAAAAGUAUUGAUUUCUUAUAAAUUUUUGUUUUUGUUUUUUGGGGGUGCAAAAGCAGUGUCAUUGUAUGACAGUGUCAACAUAGAUAUAUAAAUCCCUUUUGAAACUGGUAAUCAGAAUCUUUAAUGCUGAGACAAUGCUUAUUCUGUUAAAUCAUUUGUUCUUUCAACA